AUGUUUACUAUACAAUUAAUAUUCUUAGCUUCAAUAGGUUUAAUUGGUAUUAUAUUUAAUUGGCUUUUAAUAUUAGCAAUUCAACGAAAAACAUAUCAUCAUCAAGAUCAUCAUCGAGUACCAAGUCCUACAACAAAUAUGUCAUUAUUAAGAUCGACUCAACCAACACAUGGUCAAAUGAUUCAACCGCCUAUAUUACCUGCUGCUCGUUCGUCUAUCUCCACAUUUGAUAAAUAUAUAUUAGCAUUUUUAAUAAAUGAUGUAUUCGUUUGUAAUUUCAUUAUACCAUUACGUUUCAUUGAUAUAUCCCAAGGUUUACCAUGUGUAUUUCUUUGUUUUAUAUUAAAAUUUUUUGAAAAAUUAACAACAAUUAUUGAAAUCGUUAUUAUAAAUCUUCUUAUUAUAACAGCCUUAUCAUUUUUUUAUAAAAAACGUUUAUCAACAACAAAAUUAUCAUUUUUAUGUUUAUUUCUUAUGACACCAUUAAUUAUUAUUUAUUUAUCAACAACAUUAACCUAUCUUGAUAUAAAUGAAUAUGAAUAUGAACAACGUCCACCAUCAUGUAAACAAAUAUUUCUUUAUAUACAUACAACAACAUAUAAAACUUUAAAUAUAAUUUCUUGUAUAAUAACAUAUUUAAUUAUAUUUAUUCAAUUUAUUCUACUUAUUCGAAUGAAAUAUUCAAUUAAAAAAUAUAAACAAAAUAGUUUAAAAAGUGUCAAUGAAACAGCAAAUAUAACAAAAAAUAUUCAACAAGAAAUAUUACUAUUUGAUCAGAAUAAUCUCGAAAAUAUCAAUCGUCGUUCAAUGUAUUCACCUCCAACUCAUAAUGUUUCAACAACAGCUUCAAUUGCGAGUGAUAUGACACCAUCAGCACAACGUUCAUUUCAAACAUUUGAUUAUAUAACUUAUUUAGCUAUUGUGGAAAAUAGUCAAACAUUAUAUAAAUCAACAUGGCUUCUAUUAUUGGUUUAUUUAAUUGUUCAUAUACCCUAUUGGUUAUAUGAAUUAUCAAAUAUUUCAUGGUCAUAUAAAUUUAAAGAUAUUUAUCUGCUAUGUCAUGUACUUAAACCAUUUUGUUAUAUGACAACAAAUGAAAAAUAUUGUGGACAUGUAUUAGCGAUUCUACAAUGUAAACCAUUUCGUAUGUUACCGAAUAUUUUAAGACGUAAAUCACGUGUUGUUACAUUGAAUGAGAAUAAUAAUCCGAAUGUAAAUACUUAUAAUAAUAAUAAUAAUAAUUAA